AUGCCCUUAUUACUGCAACAAUGGGGUUGUCUUGGCUUGCACACUGUGUUUUUUACUGUUCAAGAGAUGUCUCAAGAAUUUGCGAGUAUUUACAAAUCGUGCCGAGAAUGGCUGGCUCUCACCCGUUUUGUCGCGAAAGGCAUCGUGAAACCAUCGACACCCAGCCCGAAUCCAUCCCGUGGAGCUGAGGAAAAGGAAAUUUUGCCGCCACCUCCACCUCCUCCGACAUUCCAUAAAAAAGUCGAUCUGUCUGAGUACAAGGAGCGGACGAAAUCGCUUGCUCCCAGUGAUCGUUCUGCUGCUGAUCGUGCACCUCCAAGACGAAGCUUUAUCCCAGAUACAUCACAGGCUAGACCAGAUCUCUCGAUGCCAACUCUUGCAUUACCUGGACAGGAACCUGUGACUCCGUCACCAGCUGUGCACGAGAAUGGUCAGAAGUCUAGAGAUGAUCAAAGCAGAAGAGAAGAGGAGCGUAGGAGAGAAAAAGAGCGGCGGCGACGUGAGGAAAGAGAACAGCGUCAUGGUCAUUCAGAGCGGCCAGAAGAUAGGGAACGGCGUAAAGAAGAAGAACGACGGAAACGGGAACAUGAACGAAUGGCAAGUAGUGGACAGUCCAGCGGUUUACACCCUCCUGUCGAAAAGAGGCCCCGCCACGAAUCAUCGUCUUCUUUCCCGCAUUCGUCAGUUGGAUCAUCUGGCAGUGGUAGUGGUUCGUCAUCAAAACCACGGCCUAUGGCCCCAGUGCAAGUGCAGCACCACUCUUCUCUUCAUGGGCACAAUCAAGCAGCUAACGGUUCACAUGUUCGAAGUGAUAAAGACAUAAUUAAGAAUUCGUCACAGUUUUGCCGUGCUAUGGAACCGCCACGAGCCUUGUCACCACCACCUUUACCUCCAUCGGUGCUCCCUCCACCUCCCCCGCCACCGUCUGCCAUGGCCGAGCUGGAGGAUGGAGAAUUGGAGUGA